AAUUCUCUAUUUUUCCAACUCUUCCCCAUUGUGGUCCGUAUUCCUCCAAUUUGCUCCAUUUCUUAUUUUUCUGUCACAGUCGCUGUACACAAUGAUAACAGACACCAUUUCCCCAUUUCCUUUCUGAUUUUCUUUGCAGCUUUUAUUUGUCGGUCUCACUUCGUCGUCCAUCUGUUUCUCAAUCUAGGACACGUGUCAAAUAUGUCUUCUUUCCAUGUCUGUCCCCCUCCCCCCCCUCUCUCUCUCUAUGCAUACGAGUUCAAGGUAACUAAUAUUAAUAAGCGGAUUUAA